AAAACAUGACGUGCUAUUUUAUUCAGUAGCUUCCAGGUCAUGUGACCCACUGAAUCACUAACACACAGCUCUUGUUCAGUUGGAUUUUAGUGUUUCUCUCAUUUCAUAAUUAAUAAACAGUAAAAGAUAUUCCACCAGUGAUGGAACAGAAGUGUUAACAGACGGCAGGAAGCAGCAUCAGCCACCAGGCGGCGCUCCUCCGUUACACAGCAGCAUGAUGGGAACUCUUCUCUCCUCCUGCAGAACAUAAACAUCAGAAUGUGUCCAACAUGUUUUGUGUCCUCAGACGUGUUGUUGUGAAUAUGAGUCAUCUGUCUGUCAUGUUAUGUUUCCCUCCACGUAUGAAGCAGGACGAUGACUCUGAUGUGCAGGAAAGUUGUUGCUGUGAUGUCAGAGGUGGCUCAGCACGCAGAGCUCACGAUCGAUCACGCCUAUUGAUUAUUGAUCUGAGCUGCCAGCCAGUGGAGGCUCAGCUGACGUUACAUAAGCAGAUGUUUGUGUCUGUCAGAGGGGAACAGCUGUAAGAGAGCAGCGCUGGAGUCGAGCAGGCGACUCCAUCAGCCAGGUCACCGUGGAGAUGCCAGGGACUCUUCCCAGGUUUCCCACCAUGCCUGCUGUUCUCAGCUCCCUGCCCAGAGGCAUCAACCCUCCCAGUUUACCCCGAGGCAUCACAAUGCCCAGUCUGCCCACUUUGCCCAGUUUACCCAGCAUGCCCCGAGGCGUGAACAUGCCCAGCCUGCCCAGGGGGAUGUCGCUGCCGAGGCCCGUCGACAUGUCCGCCGUGUCCCAGGCUCCUCGGAGGCUGCUGCAGGACUGCUGCUCUGUGCUGGACCAUCAGACACCCGGAGGACUGUGUGGCUGCUGCUGGGCGCUGCGGCCUCGCUACAAGAGGCUGGUCGAUAAUAUUUUCCCAGAAGACCCGGAGGACGGGCUGGUCAAAGCCAACAUGGAGAAGCUGACGUUCUUCGCUCUGUCGGCUCCGGAGAAACUGGACCGUAUCGCUGCGUACCUGUCAGAGCGCCUGACCAGAGAGCUGAACCGCCACCGCUACGGGUAUGUGUGUAUAGCGAUGGAGGCGAUGGAGCAGCUGCUGCUGGCGUGUCACUGUCAGAGCAUCAACCUGCUGGUGGAGAGCUUCCUCAGCACGCUGCGUCUGCUGCUGGAGGCCGACAGACCUCACCUGCACAUCCUCGCCACCAACUCGUUUGUGAAGUUUGCGAACAUCGAAGAGGACACGCCGUCGUAUCAUCGCAGCUACGACUUCUUCGUGUCUCGCUUCAGUGAGAUGUGUCACUCUGAACACCAAGACCUGGACGUCCAGAACAGGAUCCGUGUGUCGGGGAUCCGUGGUCUUCAGGGUGUCGUCAGGAAGACGGUGGAUGAUGAGCUGCAGGUGAACAUCUGGGAGCCUCGUCACAUGGAGCAGAUCGUCCCCGCCCUGCUGGUCAACCUGCAGCAGCACACACACGCCGACAGUGAGUCUCCAGCAGAGCAGACUGAGGUGUGUUUCAGGGAGCUGUUGGGUCGAGCUGCUUACGGACACAUUAACAACGCCAUCAGACCCGUGUUGAUGCACCUGGACAGUCACAGUCUCUGGGAGGGGCGGAGCUUUGCUGUUCAGUGUUUUCAGAUCAUCAUGUACUCCAUCCAGUCGCAGCAUUCACACCUGGUGAUCCAGCAGCUGCUGGGUCACCUGGACGCUAACAGCAGGAGUCCAGCUUCGGUCCGGGCCGGGAUCGUAGAAGUUCUGUCUGAAGCUGCUGUUAUAGAAGCCACUGGAUCUGUCGGUCAGUCAGAGAAACGUACGGCCACCACCUGUGCUUCUCUUCCUGAGGUGAUAACACGCUGUGUGUGUGCUGCAGGUCCAACAGUACUGGAAGUGUUCAACACGUUGCUGCGACAGCUCAGGCAGAGUGUCGACUACCAGCUGACUGGUUACUACGACAACGCCGGGAAACGCAAAACCACCUCAAGUGAAGAAAAAACUCUGCAGGACGCCGUCAUCAAAACCAUCGGAUCUUUUGCCAACACGCUUCCCAUCUACCAGAGGUCAGAGGUCAUGCUGUUCAUCAUGGGGAAGAUCCCUGUUCCUGGUAUCUACCCCGCCCUGGGGUCGCCCAACGCCGGGUUUGAGGGCAGCAGAAUGAUCCAGGUGAUGCUGCUGAAGUCUCUCUUCCAGGUGUCGGAGCGUUAUGAAAGCAGUAACCUGCUGACGGCGCUGCCCUCGUCCUUCCUGGAGCCUCUGCUGUCCUUCACUCUGAUGGAGGAUCCAGAGAUCCGUCUCCUCGUUCUCUCCAUCCUCACCUCGCUCAUCGACAGAUGCCACAACGCCGCCAGACUCGCCGCUGUCAGUGUGAUGUUUGACGUCUCUGUGUUGGAAGUGAAGGAGGACAGAUGCUCUCGACAGGACAACUUGUUCAUCAGGAAGCAUGCUCAGCGUCUCUACAGACACGUCUACCUCACCUGUAAGGAGGAAAGCAGUGGGCGGGGCCACUACAGGGCCCUCAUCACCCUAUUGGCUGUACUCAGUGUGGAACUGGCCAAUGAGGAGGUGGUGGUGGACCUGAUCCGACUUGUCCUCGCUCUGCAGGAGCUGGCGUUGUCCAGUCAGGAGUGUCUGUCGGUGUUUAACCGCUGUGGCGUUCACGCUGUCUGCGCCGCCUUCAUCAACCUGUUGUCGCAGCUCGGUCCGCCUCCACCGCUCCACCAACACGUCACACAGGUCAUAGAGCGUCGACAGAGAGACGCUCCUCACCUGCUGCCUGAGGACGUCUUCUGUGACCAACCCAGACUACCAGAAGGUGAGCUGCAGAUAGACGAGUCUUGUCUGUUUGUCCAGUCAAAGAUCUGCGAGGCUCUGACAGGAAGCAGCUACAGCACACACAGCGAACGCUUCAACACGCCAUACACACCUCAGCUGACAGAUGAGGAUCGUCUGUCUAAGAGGAAGAGUAUUGGAGACGUCAUCUCUCUGCAGAUAGACAUGGACCCACAGUACUGUCCUGAUGCACAGCAGAAGCCUCAGACAGAACAGAUCACCUUUGAGACGCUGAAGAACGCCAUCGAAGACAGAGGGGGAGUCGAGGAAGAGGAGAGGAGGAAGAGGAUGCAGCUGGUGGAGAAGUUUCAGACGGCUCCAUUCGAGGAGAUCGCCGCUCACUGUGGAGCCAGAACGUCUCUGCUUCAGACUAAACUGGACCAGGUCUUCGAUUUGAUCAUACGUCCUCCUCCGUCUCCGUCUGGAAACUCGCCGCCGCGCUCGACGCCGCUCUACGAGAUGAAGUUUCCUGACCUGUGUGUCUAUUAGACCCGCAGAGCCGUUAAAACUUUCCUUACUUCAUGUCAUCAAUUCACAUUUAUGGAGACAGAUUCUGUUUUUCUGACCAACUCAUCGGUCAACAUGUUGUCCUUCAGUGUUUCUGUUGAAAUGUCUGUCAGGAAUCAUUGAUCCUUCAGUUUCAGAUCUGAUGUAAAUCUGAACACUUCCUGUGGAUUUAGACUGCACUAAUAAAUCAAUUAACUUAUGCUCAUGA